AUGGAGAACCGUGGGAGGACAAGAAAAUCAGCUCCAAAGUCCAGGAAAGGAUGUACCACCUGCAAAAUCCGUCGAGUCAAGUGUGACGAAGAGAGACCUUUUUGCCAGAGGUGCAAGACCUUCGGCGUGUCCUGUGAUGGGUACCCGGAUCGAAACAUCAUAGCACGACCGAAGAAAGCUGCACCAAGAGCACUACUCCCACGAGCGGUGAAGGUCUCGUACUUUGCCAACGAAGAAGAGCAUAGGUAUUUCGAUAUAUUUUGUAGUAGCACCAGUCUUGAGAUACUGCCUGGCUUGGAUACUGGAUCUACACGCCGGACACUGCUCCAGCUGUGCCAUGCCACCUCUUCCAUCAGGCACGCUAUUAUCGCCAUUGGUGCUUUGGACAAAACAAAUUCAUCCACCCCGCAGCUCUCAAGAUGGUCUCCCGAUGAUAUGGAAUGGAGGACGCAGGCGAAUCGGCACCAUGAUGCCGCCUUGAAGCAGUAUUCAGAGGCGGUCAGUCACAUGAAAAAAGAGGCUUCCAGUGCUCAAAACAGCCUCAGAACAACAUUAUUAGGUUGCUUGCUGAUUGUAUGUUUCGAGGCAUGGAAUGGAAAUCUUAAAUUAGCUGUUGGACAAGUUCAAGCUGCAAUUGCGCUCAUCUUGGAAUGGAAAGCCCAACACGGCAGCUUGAACAAUGCACGUCUAUCACCAGAACCGAGCGUCAUUGAAGCAGACUUGAUUCAAAUAUUCUGCCGACUAGCUAUACAGACCGUCUUCUUCGGGUUUGAACUUUCGGCUCCGAGUCGAGCGCUGCUUGCUGCGGAGGGCAGGAGUUUAGUUCAAGCGAUGCCAAGUGUCUUUACCAGCCUUCGGGAGGCCGCGACCUUUCACCAGAGUCUCAUCCGGCGAGGUACUUAUACUUUUUCGUCGUACUUACGAACCCAUCGAUCGUUUAUGACCCAGACCGUACCCCCUGAACUGUUAGUGGCGCAGGCAGAAUUUCAAGCCGACAGUCUCAAGUGGUUCCAAGCUUUUGACCCUCUAUUGAAAUCACCUUUGACAGGGCACAGUCUCCGAUUUGCACGCCUGAUGAAAUUGCAGCUCCUGGUUUCGUACGCAUAUGCAUCCACUGCCCUCUCAAACGACGAGGCUGUUCACGAGAAAUAUCGGGAUAGCUUCCAUGAGGCAGUACAACUGACAGAGGAAGUUCUCACAGAUAGAUCCUGGACCAAAGACAGCAAGCCAGCAAACUACUGUUUUGAUUCAAGGGUUGUCAUGCCACUCUGGAUGGCUGGCCUGAACAGUCGUGACGACACGAUACGUCGCAAGGCGGUUAAGUUGCUUCUUGAGUUUCCGCGGCGUGAAGGUAUUUGGGAUAGCAUUUGCGCAGGGAAGAUGGUGCAAUGGGUGGCGAAAUUAGAGGAGGAGUUUCGCGGUCCAGAAGGGCGUAUUCCUGAAUGGGCGAGGAUACGAGACUUUUCUUGGAUAAAUGACUUUGAGAAACGAACUGCAGUCUUGUCGUGUAGACAGAUGACUUGCAGUGUUUCAUCGACGAUUGAGGAGGAAACGGGCUAUAUAUUCUGGUAA